AUGGCGAGCUCUGACGAUCUCGCUGAGCAGCAGCUCUUCGCCGAAAUUCAGGCUUCUGCGGAGAAGGUUCAGCAAUACCACGACCCUCCUUCUGUCACGGCCGUUCAAAGUGCGAACCUCCUCAAUGCUGCCCGUCUGAACCGCCGCCGCACAGUCGCAGUAGCCCCUACUUCUUCGCUAUCGCACACUUCAUAUAACGUGGCGCAGAGCAGCCCGGCAAGAGUAAAUGGGAUGGCACGAACCGGUGGUGCUGGGAAGCUGAAGCCAGUGAACUUGUGGCGCAAUGAUGCUGCAACACAACCGCACCGUGAGCUUGCAAGACGAGGAGACCCUUUCGAUUUGGGAUUUUCUUCACCUGAAAAAGUGGCAGUUGUUCCAGCCGGAAAAGCCCGGCAGAAGCCAGGAAGGAAGAAGCGCGUGCAGGAUGAAGUCUCGCCAGGCUUAGAAGUCCCUGCACCUCAUGAUCCACCGGAACUAGAAGAUACGGAAAAGGAGGUACCGUCAGCUUCUUCGCCUCCUUAUGUGACGGACAAACACCAUCUCGAUGAAGUACCGGAGACGCCUCCGACUAGCAAACGACUUGCUGGUGACGCUGGCAUUCCGAGAAACUCUAUGCAAGUACCAGAACAACGUGUACAAGUAGAGAAGCGCAAGGCUGCAGAUCGGUCGCCAAACAGGGGACGGCCAUCAAAGUCUCCACGAAAGGACGGAGCUGGCGCAGCAGAGGUUGAGGCGGAAGACAUGCUCCAGGCCAGAGGCAGAAGCCAUCCACCGGGAGCGACGCAUCCACAAGUAGUCAUUCCCCCACCAGAGCCUUCCACGCGAAACACUCGAGCUGCAAAAGCGAAGCAAGCACAGGCUCUCCCUCCUGCACCAGCCGAAACCGAUCAAGGGCGCGAUGAUGACGGAGAGCACCCCCAAAUCGACCCGCAGCAGGAAGCUUAUCAGACACUGAACAAUCAAAGGGGUCACGAACGUCCGGAUGGACCGCCUCCAUCUGCACAGAAACCGCCCGCAGAUGGUCCAGAAGUUCGAAAGCCACAAAACCCAAAGCGUCGAAGGUUUAGACAACUAAGACCAACGAAUACCACGAACGGUCUGGACAUACCAUCGGAUAACGAAAGGGAAAUAACUCAACGCUCUAAAAUCACCAAGCGAGUCGAACAGGAGCCUGCGACUGCAGAAACGGAGCAACCACGGCGUCGUAAGGGAAAGAAACCAACAUCGUCUGUGUCUGCCACUGGUCCAGCUAUCAUAUCGCCUGAAGAGCAAGAGCAAGAACCUCAGGAGCAAGAACCCAGGCGCCGAAAGGGCAGACAGCCAAAGGCAUCGAAGAGCUCUGCGAACGCAGAGAUCACAUCUGGCCAGAAUGAUGGAGACGAGGAAGCAGUCAGAAAGACGCGACCGAAAUCAAAGACGACCGGUUCCGUUCCUGUAGCUAGCGCGCAAGGUGGGCGCGCGCACAACGACACCUCACGGCAUCGCCACCCGCAAACCCGCCACGAUGAUGCUCGGAAUGCGGCCGAGGAUUCGUUGGAAGACCUUGAAAUAGACGAUGAAGAAGCUAAAUCAGGUCAAGCAGCUACAGAUGUGGGCGAACACGCACAGUCUGGCGAGGAAGAUGAGGAAGACGAAGCAGAUGAGGAGGAGGAGGAGGAGGACCACGACGAUGGCCAAGGCGCCGGCCAUGGCGCCCAACUUUCCGAAAUCGACGAGGUUUUAAAAUUCCUUGACUCUGAAGAAGUCAGUGGCCAUUGUCAAACCGAAGAAGCCAAGACCAUCAAGCAAGCAUGCCAAACGGCCCUUGAAGUCCUCGCUGACUCGGACACCACCUUGGACGAAAUCUCCAUUACCACCAAGCAUAUACAGAUCUUGCUUUCGAAAUACGGCGCCGGUAGUGACGAAAAGAAGCGCAAAAAGCUCAAGGUGGACGCAUAUGCCUAUCUUUUUCGACAAGUUGUAACAGUCCUAGAAAGUCUUUAUGACUGGUUGUCCGACGUGUGUGGUGAUAUUUUUGCAUCUUUAGAUGCCAUGCGUAUCGUCGCCGCACUAGUCAGCGCCAUGGUCUCAGUGAAGGACAAAAUCGCGGAAUGGAAAGCCAAGCUCCACAGCCGGUACAAAGGCGAAAGCUUGAUCAAAGACGUCGACACCAAACUAAUCACCCCACUGCGAAGGCUCUGCGAAAUAUACACGACAGCUCUCCGCAAUCUGGAAGAUGACGCUCGGAAGAAGCGUGCUGAGGAAGAAUUUGCGCGCGAACGUCGUGAGAGGCAACAGCUCGAACUAGAGAAGCAGGAGAUGGAAGCGUUGCGCAUUCAGAAGCUGGAUCGCUGGAUUGAUCUGCAUGUUUGCCGGCUACGACGCGAGCCUGACGCGCGUCGGCGGCAAGCAUUGCGGAUGAAGCGAGAAUACUUCGACAAGAAGAUGGCGGGGUCAAAGGCUGAUGAGACGGAGUGGCGGGAAGAUCGAGACGCCAAUGAUGUCCCCUUCUCCCGUGUAGACGUUUUCAUGAAGCGCGUUGUGCCUCCUCCUGCUGCAGAGUGGACGGAUGAACAUAUGGAGGCUCUGAUCUACGGCCUGCAGACCUUCGCGGGUUCUUCAGUCUUCGAGAAGAUAUUUGAGUACUACUGUGGCGUGGGCCAACCUCUGCGGCGAUUCGGCGUUCCUGAGAUCACGGCGAAGGCGGCAGAUGUGAGACUAAGGCUACUGGAGAAAUACCAAGAGCGAGGCUGGGAAGAGGUGCCGGAGUGGAUUGAAAUGAUACCCAUACUACCUUGA